CGUCCCGAGGCGCGACUCGGCGCGCGGACGAGUGGCUCCUUCACUAUCCUUUCGCCAAGACAUGACCGUACGAUGCCACGCUACUGCGCAUGUGACUCAUCCGAGAGUGGUGGGUUUGACGAUGACGUAUUGUGGGAGGUGCUGAGGGUGACGGCCACCGGUGGCCAUGCGUGAUGGCAGGGGAGGCGAAAGAUAACUCACCGAGCUGUCGAGGAACGUUUCAGUGCAUGUAGGGAAAAUUCACCUGCGCACCUACGCCAAGGAGGUUGUUAGCAAUGGCAGCUGGUGCUCCACCUCGUGAAGAGAUGCCGUUCGUGUGCUUGUCGCUGCGUUGCCUGGACUUAUGCUUAAUAUCUAAUGAGGCAGCUCAUUCAAUGCCAGCAGGAGGUGGGACGCCGUGGGGCGGCGUGCAGGGUCCACGUCCAGGGCACUUUUCCACAGCGCUCGGAAUGAUUCUGGAAUCACUUCGGCGGCGUACGGCAUCGUCUUGGGGUGUUGAACAAGAUGCAAGUCCCCUCGCACGAGCCCCUUGUCGUGGUAGACCGUGCUGAACGGAAGUUUCCGCGUGAAGAUGAAGCCGAUCAUGACCGCCAAUGCAUACACAUCGGACGCUGCCGUCGGCGAUGUGUCUCGACGUCGGAGUUCGGGAGCAACAAAGGGAAUGUGGAGGGUCGACCCUGCAUUGCUCAGCAAGUUGGUCGUGCGAAUCCCAUCGUAGAACGGCACAAGGAGCGUGAGCACGUUGAGCUUGACCGUGUGGAGAGAACCGUCGACGAGGAUUUUGUCGGGGGCAACCAGUCCAAAGGCCAGGCCGUGCUGCCUAUGCAAGUACUCGAUGGCUUCGGCGAUCGCGAUCGCGAUCGUCGUUUGUUGAUGCGGGUCGAGUUGGGUCUUGGCAUCCAACAGAACGGCGCCGAUCGAACCGUGGUCCAUGUACUCGGUCGCGCCGCAGAGCAGCGUGUGGCCAUUCGAGUCGACAAGAGUCAUGCCAAGGAGGGUCGUGAGGUGGCGAUGGCGCAGCGACUUGCCGUGGAGGGUGAGAAGCCCUUCGACGAACGCUUGGCGGAUUUGCGGCGACACGUCCAUGUAUGGCAUGCCUUUGAGCACGACCUUCUUCGUGCCCACCAUCGUCGUUACGUGGGUGCUCUCGGCUCCUUUCAGCGCUGUCGUUUUAAUCGGAGACACAACGUCGGCCAUCCACAUCGAUUCGAGCUUCGGAUGGGUCGACAAGUACUGUCGCAAGUGGCGGACGUUGGUGUAAUCCAACUCGGCCGACGGUGGGGCACGGGGCGUGGGAGAAGGUGCGGUCGCGCUCCGAGCUGCUGUCGGUUGCGGCGGGAUGUAAGCAGAUACGUCACACUGACGUUGACUGGACGAAGCAGCAGCCCUGCGGCGUCGAAAGAAGAAUAGGGCGAGACCAAGUGCGACGAGGCCGCCGACAACGCCGCCAAGGAUGACACCGACGGAGGAAGAACCGUUCGCCACGGCGGCCGAUGUUGGCGCGGUUGUUGAGGCUGCAGUUGUGAAGGGCUCGGCAACGGACUUGACACAUGGAAGCGUGAGGCUGGUCUUGUUGCUGGCAUUGUAGCAGAGCUUAACGUGGGUGCUGGUCGCGCCCAUGGUAUCAUUCCACACUUGAGCAGGAACCGAAGACACCGUGAACACGCAUGAAUUCACUUGCACCGGGCAUUGCACCACGAUGGUAUUGCCGCAAUUCGAUGGCGGUGGACCAGGGGAACUCGGUGCGUUGGAGGACGUCGAGCUGGGUACGUUGGUGGACGUGGAUGGAGAGUUCGAAUAGACUUUGCAGUCCGGUGUUUGAGGAAACUCCAUGCCGCCUUCAGACUGGCUGUUGGGUGGACUUGAGGUCGCUGGGAUUGGAGUUGUUGUCGUUGGCUUGGCGGUUGCCAACGCAGAAGGUGAUGCACCUGAUGGAGGAACGACUCCUGAUUGUGGUGAUGGUGUCGCGCCCGUUGACGACGAGCUCGUCUUGGGUACGACCGUCGACGGUGGAGUCGCCGCCGAGUUCCCUGCCGUCG